AAAGAUUCUAAAUUUCUAACUAAUAUUAAUUCCUAAAAUACUAUCCAAAAAAAAAUAUUUAUUCCUAACAAGUUGUAUGGUCCGUAUAAAAAGAAUCACCAACCAACAACUACUAGCAAAAUAUUUCUACCACCUAAACAAUUAUUUAUACUAACAUAGAAUCUCCUUGUUCAAAAAGAAACAUAUUACAAAGCACAAGAAGAUAAUGAGGAGCACAAAUCCUUGUUUGGUACCUUAAUUUAAUAAGAAAACUAUACACAAUCUCUCACCAAUAUUAAGCAUAUUUUCAGCUAGUUUUUCUCCCUCUGUUCCCCCCCAAAACAGAAACUUUGGAAAGCCUCCCAAACACUCCCUAGAAGAUCAUCAACAAAUUACUUCAAAAAAAAAAAAAAAAAAAGACCUUUGUGCUUUGUGAAGAUCAAACUUGUUUAUCUAGAGAAAGAAGUUUUUUUUUAGAGAGAGAAAGUGCGUGGACAUGGAAAUGGUGUAUUACCAACUAGGCAAGUCUUCAUACAACGAUUUACUCAAAGAACUAGAAGCUGAUAUACAACAUGCCAAUGCCCUGGUGGCUUCAAUUCCUAAGCCAAAAGGAGGUGGUAGCCUUCAUAUGAAAUUGGUGUACAAUCAAUUUUCUCCUAUGUUAUUCCUCUUGCUCCAAUGGCUUGAUGGUUCUUGUUCCUGCUUUUUCCCACAUUACUUUAAUAUCUUCCACAUUCUAAUAUAUGAGGUUUAUCCAGAUGGAAGAACCCGUAAGUCUAUGCAAGGAAGCAAGGCAACAGUUAGGGAUUUCUAUGCCAUUAUACUUCCAUCUCUCAGACGGCUUUACAAUGACUUGGUGGAGCAAGAAAGUAGUAAUACUUUGACCAAAAGAAGUGAUGAAAAAGAGAAAUUAAUAGGGCAUGGUAGGCUUCAAAGUACUUUUGAUCAAGAAAGAGAAGAAGAAUGUGGCAUAUGUUUGGUGCCAACUACUAAAAUGGUUUUGCCUGGUUGCUGUCAUGCGAUGUGUAUCAACUGUUACCGCAACUGGAAUACAAGAUCAGAAUCGUGCCCAUUCUGCAGAAGAGGCUUAAGAAGAGUGAAGUCAGAGGAUUUGUGGGUUCUGACAAGUGAAUCUGAAGUAAUAGAUACAGAGACAGUUUCAAGAGAGGAACUGUCAAGAUUUUACCUCUAUAUUCAAAGCCUGCCCAAGGAUAGUAAUCCAGAUGCUCCUUUCUGGGGUUAUUAUGAUUACUUAAUAUGAGUGAUAAUAUUGUUUAAUCAAGUCUUCAAGAAUAGCUUAGUCAUAUAAUUAGUUUUUGGCUUUCUGAACUUCUGCCAGAGAGGUUGAAGAAGUAAUCAGAAAUAGUACAGAAUAAGGUACAGUAAUUGAUUUAAUCUGCAAUUAGCACUAAAAAGUCAAAUGUUGAUGAUGUAACAAAUUCCCUGUUUUUUUCUUUAUUACUUUAUGCCUCUUUUAAAUGGCAAAAGUUGGAAAAUUUAUGUGCAACUUGUAAUUAAAACUCUGCCCAAAACUGGGAUUGUGACUUCAAAACUAAUUCUAUAUGUCAAUUGUCAAGGUACUAAGAUAAUAAGAUUAGCACAAUUUAUAAGUUCC